CUCCCCCCCUCCAACACCAUCCCACCCCACCACGCUUUCCUCCACCACCUCCGAUCAUUUGCCUCUCCCUUCCACCGGCUUCAGCCUCCGUACGUCUUGUUAAGCUCCUCUCACCAACUUUCCUCCUCUUAUCUCUCCCAUGGCUACCGUCGAGGUGAUCCACUUCUCUAUACUUUUCCCCCCGUUAACAAACAUGUCUCCAUGUCCCUGGACUGGAUUACAGCUUCUUCACAAGAUCGCUUACGUUUUAUUUCGCCACAGUUUAUUAGCUUACCAUGUAACCGAGGUGGGAACAACUCCGGUCAUCGAGGCUCCGACAGAAGCUCCGGCCGUCCCUGCAGAAGCCGAACCAGCUCCCGCGCCGACCGCUGAGCCGGUAGCCGAGACUGAGCCCGCUGCACCCCCCGUCGAAGAGUCCAAAGAAGAAGCCCCAGCCGCCGCACCCGAGAAGCCGGCCCCAGAUGCACCAGCAGCGGCAGAGCCCGAGGAGAAGCCUCUUGAAGAGCCUGCAGUCGAGGUGCCGGAGGCCAAGGCCGAACCAGAGGCUGAGGAACCGAAAGAAGAACCAAAGCCAGAGCCAGAACCGGAGGCCCCUGCUUCUGAAGCCGAGAAGCCCGCUGAAGUGGUCGUCGAGAAGCCAACCGGGGAGGAGCCCAAGGCUGUCGAGGAGGCGGCGCCACCAGCAGUGGAGGAGGAGGCGAAGGCCGAGGUGGCAGAGGAGAAGGCCGCUAUCUCGGAGUAAAUAAGAUAAUGCUAUGGCUUGUGUGUUUUGUUUGAUUAGAUGGGGGUUUAGUUUAAGGUUUUCGAUAUUAUUAUAUCUAAAAAUAAUGGUUACCUUUAAAUAAUCAAAAACUAGCUAUUAUAUGGUAUUAGAGCUACGAAGUGGGGAGGCUAUAAUCCUAUUUAUGGGUGUGUUUUACUUAGUGGAUCGGAAUUGGUAUUGUGCUUUUGGUGUCCUUGAUCUGCUGUGUCUAUUUUGUAGUCUUCGUUCUUCUUAUGUUUUUGGUGAUCGAGUGCUCUAUCUAGGCUGUGGGCUUUCUGUUGUAUUUAUCAAUUAAGAUUGUCUUAUGAUUUCCUUGAUCUA